UUAAGUGCGGUAGAACAGUGGGGAGAGAGGAAUCAGCCCAUCGAAGGAAGAAGCAGCAUGGACUCUGUUUUGCUACUUGCGUUUCUGUGCGCAGCACUUUCUCUAUGGUACAUCGCAGCUGCUGCACCUCCACAUGCAGCGGCAGACGUCACCGCUUAUCCUACCAUCCCCGGCACCGAAGACGUCUCAGUCGCUGGAGCCAACUCCAUCCUCAUCCCUCCGCGCCGAGAAGUCUACGAUGACGGCAGAAUCUUCGACAUCAGCCACAGGUACGUGCCGGAUAUGCCGGUUUGGGAUUCCAAGGACGGCCUCGGCAACGACUUCCUCUGGCUUCUCAAGAGCAUCAAGAACGGUUCCCUCGCUAACAACUCCGCCAUGAAGCUCGGCGUUCACACCGGCACUCACGUCGACGCUCCUGGCCAUUUCUACGAUAAUUACUUCGACGCUGGCUUCGAUGUCGAUACUCUUGAUUUACAGGUCCUCAAUGGUCUCGCUCUGUUGGUUGAUGUUCCUAGGGAUAAAAACCUUACCGCUGAAGUUAUGAAGUCUUUAGAUAUCCCCAAAGGUGUUCGCCGUGUGCUAUUCAGAACUUUAAAUACUGAAAGGCGGCUCAUGUUUAAGAAGGAAUUUGACACCAGUUAUGUGGGAUUCAAGGAAGAUGGAGCAAAAUGGCUUGUGGAGAACACUGACAUCAAACUUGUAGGGAUUGAUUAUUUGUCAGUUGCUGCUUAUGAUCACUCAGCUCCAUCUCAUCUUGUUUUCCUGGAAAGCAGGGAAAUCAUUCUUGUGGAAGGGCUAAAGCUUGAUGAUGUCCCAGCAGGAAUUUAUUCCCUACGAUGCUUGCCACUUAGGUUGGCUGGCUCUGAGGCAUCACCGAUCCGUUGCAUUCUGAUCAGAUGAUCUGUUCCAUCCGAGUUUGCUUGUGUCCUACAAACCUUGUUUUCCAUUAUUAGGGAGGGAGAAAAUGAAGCAGGAAACAAACGGCGUUGGUGGCCACGUGGAACAUUUUCAUGCAACUAUGUUGAUAGUAAUAGGUUGAAUAGCCAUAAUCCUUUUGUUUUUAAUUGCGUGUUCGGCUUGGAGUGCUAAAUAUCGCUAGUCUAGUGUCUGGGGUACAUAGUAUGUGGAACUUUUUUUUCUUUAAGGGCAGUGUAUGUAGAAGUCAAUUAUCGCGAUUAGUCAGGAAAAGAAAACAAAAAAAUAAAGAAAUUUGCCCAGGCAAGUCAUCAUCAUAACGUAGUCAUGCGUAUACAUUCUCAAUAAUUAUACGAACUUCUCUCUUUGUAAAACAAUGACAUGUAUUUAUCUUUUGAGCAAAGAAUAAUAUGCCCCCAUCUCCCGGAAAAAGG